ACGCGAAACUGGCUCAGUGCCGUGUUGAAGCGACACAUUUCAUCCGAUAUAAAAGAAGAAGAUUGAGGCGUUAAGAGGAAAGAUCGAAAAACGUAUACGCAGAGCGCAUAGUUUAUAAUUAUGGAACCACACGAGAUAGAAGAGUUACUCAAGUCCCAUCGUCUACGAGAGAAUAAUCUUUUGCAAGAUGAGCUCAGCUCAUCAUGGGUCGUUGAUCGCUCUCCUCUCGGAGGUCGCGGUAUAUUCGCCACACGAGACAUUCAAGCUGGCGAGUUAAUCUUUACGGAUAUCCCAAUGUUGAUAGGGCCGCGAUACAGCAAGAAUCUGUCGAUGUGCGUCGUAUGUUACAACAAUGAUUGUCCCCUGUUCCCCUGCGAUCACGGCUGCGGUUUGCCGAUUUGUUCCACGGAAUGUGAAAAUACCACGGUACACGGCCAAGGCGAGUGCCGGUUCCUGAAGGAAUGGAUGCCGACUUGUGGUUCCACCUGGUCCAAAGAUCUGUUGCUCGCUGUAGUGCCAAUACGUAGCCUUACGUUGUCGAAAGAGCAACGUAAACUCUUGUACAGUUUCGAGUGUCAUGAGGACCUUAUUCGCAAUUGUGAGCUCGACUUACUCAAGAAAAACGUGGCCAAUCUUCCCAGCGAAGAGCAAAUGAAACUUAUAAAACGCACUUGCGACGUCCUUAAUACAAAUUCGUUCGAAGUCGUGGUCGUGUCUUCGCGGAACAAAGAGCGUACCACGAGUUUACGUGGUCUUUAUCCGAUGGGUGCAUUACAAAAUCAUUGUUGUGUGCCGAAUACCAGGCAUUAUUUCGACGAUCAGCAACGGCUACAUGUGUGCGCCGCGCUGCCCAUCGCUGCUGGCGAAGAGAUUACUAUGUCCUAUACCGAUCUAUUGUGGGACACAUCGACUAGAAGACAAUUUUUAAAGCUCACUAAACACUUCUCUUGCAACUGCAGCAGAUGCUCCGAUCCUCGGGAAUUCGGCUCCCGACUCGGCGCACUUCUUUGCGCGAAGGAUAAUUGUACGGGAUAUUUAUUACCUCAUAAUCCUCUCAUUUAUGAGUCAUUCUGGAUUUGUGACAAGUGUCAGACCAGAGUGAAUUACAGACAGAUCAGAUGCAUUCAUUCGGGAUUGACAGCAUUUGUAUCCGACGCUACACACAAGACUCCACGAGAAAUCUUAAGAUUUAUAGAAUCAGUAUUAUCGAAAUUGGUACCUACCACUAAUUACAUUCUGUUAGAUGUCAAGUAUCGUAUAAUCUCAUAUUUUGGAAGAGUUCCUGAUCUUAAAUGGAAAGAUCUCACGGAUACAGAACUUAGAAUUAAAAAAGGAUAUUGCAACGAUAUACUUUCCGCUUUGGAUGCUUUGGGUUCUGGAGAUUCUAUUAAAAAAGGUCUUGUUUUAUAUGAGCUAUAUCGUACAAAUCUUGAAUUGUUUAAACGUCAAAUUUCCGAUGAUAGUGAACAAACACAUCCGGACAUAAAAGAUGACGAUAAUGAAUUGUUGUUACGAAAAGCAAUGAGUAUACUACAGAACGACGUCGGCGCAGCUUGUGUUCGCAAAAGCGAUUAAUCGGUCGCUUUUACACUUUACACUUUUUAUAUGUAUUGCAUUAUUCGACAUCUGGAUGGAGAUGUAUAUAUCAAUAUACUGUGAGAACACAGAAACAAAGAAUGUAUCGUAUUAUUCUAUAUUAUAAUUUUCACAGG